AUGUCUGGUCCCGUCCCCGUUGCCGGCGCCCUCGCCGACAUCUACCCGGCGCCCGCCGUCGCCCACGAGGCCCCGCGAUGGAACCACCUCCUCGCCACCUUUGAGGCCGUCUACGGCCACCGCGCCGACUUCGUCUCGCGCUCCCCCGGCCGCGUCAACAUCAUCGGCGAGCACAUCGACUACUCCCUCUACUCGGUCCUGCCCAUGGCCAUCACCUUCGACGCCCUCUUUGCCGUCAGCGCGAGCCCCGUUGCCGACGGCGCCACAUCCUUCACCAUCCGCAUCGCCAACGUCGAGGGCGACAAGUUUCCAGCCCGAGAGUUCUCCGUGCCGCUCGCUGGCCCCGUCGAAAUCGACGCCACCCAGUUCGAAUGGACAAACUACUUCAAGUGCGGCCUGCGCGGCGCCCUCGAGCUGCUGCACAAGAAGAAGGGCCCCGGCUGCCGCCCUUGCAACAUGGAGGUCCUCAUGGACGGUAACGUCCCCGUCGGCGGCGGCCUGAGCUCCAGCGCCGCCUUUGUGAGCGCCACCGCCCUCGCCGUCAUGAUCGCCAAUGGCGAGAAGACGGUCGACAAGACGGAGCUGACCGAGCUCGCCAUUGUGAGCGAGCGCGCCGUCGGCGUCAACUCUGGCGGCAUGGAUCAGUCCGCCUCCGUCUUCUCCGAGCCCGGGUCCGCCCUCUUCGUCUCCUUCAGCCCGCGCCUAGAGGCACGACCGGUGCAGUUCCCCCCGACGAACCCCGAGCUGUGCUUCGUCAUCGCCCAGAGCUUCGUCGAGUCCAACAAGCAGGUCACCGGCCCCAUCCACUACAACCUUCGUGUCGUCGAGGUCACGCUCGCGGCCGCCUACCUCAACGCCGUCCUGAACCCACCCGGCACCCAGCUGCCCGCCGACGCCGGCUCGCUGGGCACCAGCCUCCGCGGCUUCCACGACACUUACUUUUACCACCAGAACGCCUCCGACUACAGUGCCGUCAAGAGCAUCACUCAGGAGGAGGAGCUCCAGAAGCUCGUCGAGCUGACCAAGGAGAAGCUCACCCAGGAGGAGGGAUACACCCGCGAGGAGAUUGCCAAGGUGCUCAACCUGUCGACGGCCGAGUUCGAGAAGCGCUUCCUGUCGAGCUUCCCUGUGCGCGCCGAGCGCUUCAAGCUGCGCCAGCGUGCCCUUCACGUCUUCACCGAGGCGCUGCGCGUUCUCAAGUUCAUCACGCUCCUGGAACGGCCGCUCCACACCGGACGGUCCGACACGACCCCCUUCAACGAGGAGCUCGGCGCUCUCAUGAAUGCGACACAGGACUCGUGCCGCGACCUCUACGAGUGCAGCUGCCCCGAACUUGACCAGAUCUGCAGAAUAGCCCGCGCUGCGGGUGCCUACGGCAGCAGACUGACAGGCGCUGGCUGGGGCGGCUGCAGCGUCCAUCUCGUCCCCGCGAACAAGGUCGCCGACGUGAAAGCGGCCCUGGAGCGGGAGUACUACGCCAACAAGGAUUUGACCGACGAGCAGCGCGAAAACGCCGUCGUCGUCAGUCGACCAGCGGGCGGUAGUGCCAUUUACCGCGUCGACGGGGCGACUGUCAAGAGCUGA